GUCUGAAGACGUACGAGGUCAUCGCCGAGGAGGUGCAGUACACGUCCUCUCCGCACUCGGCCAAUGUCCACGACCCACCGAUCUAUGCUCGCAAAGGGCAGAUAGUGUCGGGCGACAUCGUGACGGGUAGCCGGGGGCGAGAUUGGGUACAGCUCGGCGAGGACAAGUUCCUUCCUUUGAAGGUGGACAUGAAGCUGGUCAUGGCACCUUGUGAUGAGGACAAGGGACGCUUCAAGGUAUUGGCAACAACUCGACUUCGCACCAUGAAAAAUGAAACGGGCGGCAGAGUGAGUCGGGGCCUCUACCAAGACGACCGGGUUCAAGGGCAAUGCGUUCCUGCUGUCCUGAAAGGGGCUUGGUCCUGGCAACAAGAAGACUGGUUGCAACUUGCCGGAGAUCCUCCUCACAAGUAUCUCCGCUGGUCAGAUGUGAAACGUUGUGAGGACGCGACGGAUUUCAAGAUUACGGAACCUUUCGCCAAGUACUAUCGUCUGCUUGAUGGAAAGAUGUGCCCGCUGGAUGAGUUGCAUAAGGGCGAGUUCGUGACGGGUUGGAAGGAAGAUGGGCAGUGGGUUGUGAUCAGUGACGGAGCACAUGCCGGGCUCUAUGUUCCGUUGAUCAGGUUGGAGCAUGAGCACGAGGAAGACCAGGUCAGCACACUACUGCACACUGAAGCGGUCGAAUCCAUGCCAAUAGACACGUGCUACUCCGCCUUAGCGAUCACGUGGUGCCUGUAUCGCAGCAGCGGCUGGCAGCUCGAAUACAGAUCCCUCUUCCGGACCUCAUUUUCUAUGGUCUUCAUGAGUCUCCUGAUUCAGUUCGGGCUGCUACAGAUGCUUUUGCAAGUGCGGAUGCUUGCGGAUGCUGGGGGUGAUCCUCAUCCAUGCAUGUAUGGCAUCGGGCAGGCAGACAGCCUGUUUUUCCCCACGGGCUGGAACAA